AUGCUUAAAGAAGAGUGUGGUUUCCCAGAUACUAUUGACUUUAGUGACAGAUAUAAAGAAGCUAUUGGAAAGUUCAAGGAUGGAAAUACUGACCCGAACCUAUUUAGCUUUAUGGCUCAGCACCAAAACGGAUAUAAUCUCAAACCUGGAAAAUACAAGCUCGCUAAGGGAUAUGAUUUAAUAGCAUAUCAUCCAAAUGACAUGGAUGAAUUUACUCCGAGAUAUUUGAUGUCAGAGCUAAAUGACAAUUCAACUUUCGUCAUGAAACGCGUAAAAAAUAGAGACGGAACGAAAGAACAAAAGCUUAUGAAUGCGGAUGACGUAGAUAGGGAAAUUGUUAAAAACGGUCUCGGAAUAUAUGAAAUGCCAGCAGAUGAGGUACAAGAAACUCCACAGGAAGAAGUUCAGAUACAACCAGACAUGGAAGAAAUAGUUCAGCAACAACAGCUAGAAGAGCCUGAAGGAAACGAACAAGUCCCUCCUUUGGAAACUAACCUCACAGAACUAGAUGAAGAUUUGGAACAGCCGAAAAAUCUUGACCCUCAACAAGAGUAUGCGGAGAAUCUGGAAUAUUUCCAAGAGUCUAAAAAAAAUUCGGCUGACAUAGUAGAAGAAUAUCGAAAAAUGUUUGCCGACAUACAAAAGACUCCAACACCAGAUGAAAAUAUUCAGCAUAGAAUGGAAGUACUGAAAGAAAAUGUACACAAAUACAACAACCCUUUUUACUUACGAGCAUUUAACGUUCAAUCUUCGGAUGAACUCGGUGAAAAUAAAAGGUUAAAUUUCAAGAAAACAUAUAGAAAUGAAACAUUGUUUAAAGUUCAUUCAGAACCUAACCAAGAUGGAAACAAACCUACUUUUGUUUCUGCAGACGAUGGAACUACAAUGAGAUGGGGUCAUAAAGCUAAUCCGGAUAGGUGGUUCAUAAACUUACAACCACAAUUCCAAGAAGUUGUAGACGCAAUGGAAGUGAAUGGUGAACCAGAUUUAGCUGGUAUUUUCAGCGCGGCUUUAAUGCCAUUGAAAGAUAUGAAACAUGCAGAUAUU